AUGGAGAGUCGAACUGGCCUCGCUUCGCUUCUCUCCUCCAUCCUUCAUACUCGACUGCCCGUUGAAAGCCUCCAUCUGCGACAAAACUUGAAAAUAGUGGAGUCGCCUUCGCCUACGAUUACUGGAUUCCAUCCCGCUGGUCCCUCUUUCCCGAGGCUCUGGAACUCGCCUGGCUUAAACAUUCUGGACCCCACGCAGGCCGAGGCCUGCUUUCUUCCUUGUAGCGUCAUGGCAAACCAUAUGAACAGCUUCGACCUCGAAUACACUGCCGCUGCCCGCGAUGAUGACUCUCAGGACGCCCGGGAUCAGGUGCCGUCGCACCUGCAGUCGUCGCUAUCCUCGCACGACCCCUCCCUGAUGGGCUACCCGGACAGCCAUGUCGCCAGCUACCCCUUCGCCGAUAUGCUACCUCAAGACUUCGACCCGACGCUUCAGUCGUUCGAUCAGACCCCAAGAGCCCAAGGAGACUUGGAGGGUCGCCUCUCAAAUGUGAUGCUGGCCUACGACACGCCCACAACGGGCAUGUCCAUGACGAUGGGCCUCGAGUCCGGCAGCGCGUUCGUCUACGAUAUCCCGACGACCUACCCGGCAACCACGAUGAGCCUCGUUCCCUCGCUGGAUGACUCGCAGCUUCAAUCCACCUUUUCGUUUCCUCAGUCCUUAUCUCAGCCAAGCCAAUACCUGUCACAGCCCCAACGAGCGCCCCCGCCCCAAACAUCCACACGGAGAGAUCCAUAUAACGGCAAUAACGCCACGACAACCACCAAUUCUACCGAGACCUAUGAUGAUUCAGACUUUUCACGGACGAGCGAUCGUUCGCAGCAGUUCAGUCUCCAGUCCCAGCGGUUCCCGCCGUACGGACAGGCGCAGCAGACUACCCCGACCCCAUACCGCCCAUCACAGCCGGUAGCAAUACAACCGAAGAAGCCUAUUACCACAAUUAAAGAGGACUUAUCGCCAGGCCUGUCAACGCCCGAUGCCGCCAGCACGGAGCAUACGGGCAUUUACUCCAGCAGCGGGUUCGAUAUACUAGGUGUUCUCAGCCGAGUCGCGAUGAGACCUAAUCCCAAAAUCAAUAUUGGUGCAGUGGACUUGUCUUGUGCCUUUGUCCUGUGUGAUAUCACGCGGAACGAUCACCCGAUUGUGUACGUCUCCGAUGCAUUCGAACGAUUGACUGGUUAUACCAAAAACGAGAUUGUCGGCCGUAAUUGCCGGUUCCUGCAGGGCCCUGAUGGCAAGAUUAUCCCGGGCGCGAAGCGUGCUUUUGUCGACGGACAGACUGUCCAUCGUCUGCGAUCCACGAUUCACGACCGUAGUGAGAUCCAGGCCAGUAUCAUCAACUACCGCAAGGGUGGACAGCCGUUCAUGAACCUCAUCACGAUGAUUCCCAUCCAGUGGAAUUCCGAGGAUUAUCGAUUCUAUGUCGGAUUCCAGGUCGAUCUUGUAGAGAAGCCUGACGCGGUCAAGGCAAGGAAUCCAGAUGGCACAUAUAGCAUCAAUUACCAGCGCGACCAACUACCACAAUACGUGGUCCCGCCUGCUGAGGCGUACAGAUUAAGACCGGACCUUGCUACACAUUUCGGUCACGAUGAGGUUACUGCUAUCCUCAACGCUGCCGGUGUUCCAGGCUCUGGCGUAUCCCGGCACUAUCUGGAUCGUAUCUUGGUUGAAAAUACCGACGACGUGAUCCAUGUUCUCUCAUUUAACUGUGAAUUCCUCUAUGUUUCACCCUCUUGCAAGCGGAUCCUUGAGUAUGACCCGAUCGAGCUCGUGGGCAAGACGCUAUCAACCGUCUGCCAUCCCAGUGAUAUCGGACCAGUGAUUCGUGAUUUGCGAGCCAGCACAACACCAGCCCCCGUGAGCGUCAUUUAUCGUAUUCGACAGAAGUACAAGGGUUACAUCUGGUUCGAGAGCCAUGGUGCCUGGCAUAUUGAUCCAGCAUUGGGCCGGAAGUACAUGGUUAUGACCGGUCGUCCCCGACCCGUAUAUUCACUGGAUCAGGUUGCCCAGCUCGGAUCCAAUGCCGCACUCGCUGAGAAUGAUAUCUGGGCCAAGGUCUCCCUGUCCGGUGUGAUUUUGUUCGUGACAUCUAAAGUUAAGCCGGUCUUGGGCCGCUCCCCAGACGACCUGAUCGGGAAGAGCAUGCACGAGCUCAUGGAGCCCGAUAAUGACCCCAACUCCAUCUCCGAUGCCCUCGACGCUGCAGCCAACGGCCAGGGCCAGGAAGACGGCAAUAAUAAAACCGGGGAACUUCCCUCCUUCCGCCACCAGAUGCGCCAUAAAAAGGGCCACUUACUUUCCGCCCACACCACUCUCUACUCCGGCGAUACCCACAACGGUCGUCCUUCCUUCCUCGUCGCUCAAAUUCGCUUCGCCCGUGCAUUCCCCCCUUCGUCGGCCGCUGCCUCCGCCGCCGAAGAUGAAGAACUCGCAAACGUCCCCGGCUCAGCCAAGACAACGACCCUCACCACCGCAGACCCUAAUCCACCAAGCCAGUACGGUGCCCUCGGCCAACAUAUGCCAUUCCUCUCCCCUCUCAUCGGCCUCAACGGUCUACCCUCCGGUAACCGUGACAUCUCCCCCUCGGACGCUCCCGCCACCUUCUUCACAGAGCUCAACCCAACUCGUGGCUCUAGUUGGCAGAUUGAGCUGCGUGAGCUGGAGAAGCAAAACCGCGUGUUAGCGGAUGAAUUGCAGCGCCUUUUGGCGCGCCGCAAGAAGCGCAAGCGCAAGCAGAGUGCUGUCUCCAUUGAGAAGGCUUGUGCUAUGUGUAGUACGAAGAGUACCCCGGAGUGGCGUCGUGGUCCUAGUGGUAACCGGGAUCUAUGCAAUAGUUGCGGUCUCCGCUGGGCAAAGCAAGUUCGGAAUAAGGCGCAGGCUGCGGCUUCUAGGGGUGGAGAUGCGUCUGCUCCUGCUGCUUCUAGUGCCAUUGCCACCGCUACGACCCGGGGAUAA